AUGCCGCCCGCGCCCGCGCCGUCUGCUCUGACGGCGCCUCUGCCCACGUGGCAUUCUCGCGCGUUAAGGAUCGGAUCUGGGACCUCACAUUGGGAGCGCGCUUCGUCCCCUGGAGAGUGCAUUGGGCACGGCCCGGGCGUGCGAUCUGCGCGCGGCGAUGCCCCCUCCUUCCUGUCAACUGACGGUGGCGUUGGGCAGUCAUCGCGCCGUCAGAGCAUCCUGAGCCUGGGUGCGGGUUGCGUGGACGGUGUGCUGGAGUCCUGCGAACCCAUUGGAUGCAUCGAUGGUGGGUGUGCGGCCGAUGGCUGGGAUCUGCAAAGCUGGUCCAGGAGGGGGCUGAUGAUUGUUUCGGCGGCAAUGUCGCUGGAAAUGUGUUGGCCAAGUAGGGCGGCAGAGCCUCAAUUCAGAGAAUUCAGGAGCCCAGUGCAGCUGUACCGCUUGGCAGUUCCUGAAACUUGGGAGAAAGUAGACAAAGCUGGGGCGGACGCUCUGUUCAAGGACCCUGUGCGCCCCUCCACGACGGUUGGGGUGACCGUGUCACCAUCUAGGAUAAAAGACUUGAAGGAAUUUGGGGAUUUGGAGGUCGUUGGUGAGAAGCUCCUGACGGCUGAGAGGAACAAGGAUGGUUUCAUCGACGUUCAAAUGCUGGACGAAAGUCGAAGAUCUGGGGAGCAAGGCGGCGUUCUCUACACGUAUGACUACAAAGUUGACAGCAUCCGUGGGAAGAAGCGAAUCGUUACAGCAGUGUCGAUAUACAACUCUAAACUGUACAUAGUUAAUGGGAAUUACAAGUGUGAGGACGAUGAGUGUGACAGCGGGGACAGUGUCAGACUGCUGCGUUAUGCUGUGGACAGUUUCGACGUCGGCGUCGCACUUUGA